AUGUCAUCUCUCAAAGUGAUCGAAAUCGGCGAAACUUACCAUGUAGAGGGCCACCCCCGCGAAACCUUCCAAGUCCUCAAAAUCUACCACCCACCCAACAUCCCCGGCAAAGCAGUCGUAUUGGGCAUGGUCAGCAUGGACAGCAAGGCGGCGACGCCGGCGCACACGCACGGCGGGUCGGCGGUGAUCGCGGUGGUGGCGGACGGGACGGUGUUGAACCAGAUGAACGGUGACGAGCAGUUUAUCAGCCGGGUGGGGGAGACGUGGUAUGAGGGGCCGGGGUAUCACCAUGUGCGGUCGGAAAUGCGGGCGAGGAAGACGAGAAUGCGAUGUUCUUUGCUGUGUUGA